CUAAGGAAAAAAUUGACGGAAGAUGAUGUUCAAUCGUAUAAAUAUUGCCUGUUCGAACAUGAUAGAGAAGAUUGUUCCGAAAACUUAGUUGACCGGGUUGAAAUGAAAGUUCACAUAAUGGACGAAGCGAAGGAAGAAGCUGGUGGAGACAGUAAGGGAGGAGACACAAGAACUGACAACAGGAGAAAUAACCGUGGAUUCAAUACGGGUAAGAGAGCGAGAGGAUGUGCUGUGGAAAACUGGCGAGAGGAUCAUCCACCGUGGCUUUGCGAAGCAUUUAAAAGGUUACCAGUGACUAAACGGACAGAAUUGAUAGCGAAAAGUGGACGUUGUUUUCGUUGUCUGGCGUCAGGUUAUCACAGUAGAAGAUGUUCUAGAACUGUGUCCUGCGAUAUUGAUGGUUGCAAGAGUGUCACUCAUAGUAGGUAUUUACACCAGUCUAACAGAAAUCCUACGGAUAAUGGAAGUAAUAACAGUGGUCCCCUGAAUGGAGCUGAACAACCAAACAAAAAUGAGAACGCUACUAAUUCUACCUUUACAAACAAUCAAAUCGAUAAAGUGUCCUUGAUGGUGCCACCUG